UAACUUUGCUACGCCACGUGUCACAGCCGGCUUAGUUCCUCUCUGGCCUAUGCAAUUCAUAUUAUAUCUCUGUUAUCUGCUUCAUACCUCUGUUCUACCAUUACACUCAAUUACUGCUCUCUACCAAAAGCCAAACAAAAAAUUUCACAUCAAUUUCCAGGCAUGGCUUCAUCUGAUGAGCCAGAAGUGGUUGCAAGGGAUGUAAAGGAUAAAGCGCACAAGGAAGAUGACAAAGAGCACAAGGAAGAUGACAAAGAGGAAGGAAAAGGCGGAUUUAUUGAGAAGGUGAAGGAUUUCAUUCAUGACAUUGGCGAGAAAAUUGAGGAAGCUAUUGGAUUUGGGAAGCCAACUGCAGACGUUGCAGGGAUUCACAUCCCUUGUAUCAAUCUGGAUAAGGCAGAUAUUGUUCUUGAUGUUCUCAUUAAGAACCCAAAUCCCGUUCCUAUCCCUCUUAUUGACAUAAACUACUUGAUUGAGAGUGAUGGAAGGAAACUGAUUUCAGGGUUGAUCCCAGAUGCUGGAACGAUUCAUGCACAUGGUGAGGAGACUGUCAAAAUACCAAUUACUCUGAUUUAUGAUGACAUAAAAAACACGUAUGCUGAAAUUAAGCCCGGAAGCAUAAUUCCAUAUAGGAUCAAGGUUGAACUCAUCGUGGACGUGCCUGUUUUCGGGAGACUAACUCUACCACUUGAGAAAACUGGAGAGAUCCCCAUACCUUACAAGCCUGACAUUGAUAUUGAGAAAAUAAAAUUUGAUAAGUUCUCUUUGGAAGAAACUGUUGCAGUUAUUCAUUUGAAAUUGGAAAAUAAGAAUGACUUUGACUUGGGCGUCAAUGCGCUAGACUAUGAGGUUUGGCUGUGUGAUGAGAGCAUCGGGCGCGCAGAACUCUCAGAAUCCACAAAAAUAGAUAAAAAUGGAAUUAGUUAUAUCGAUAUUCCCAUCACCUUCAGGCCUAAGGACUUUGGCUCUGCACUUUGGGACAUGAUUAGAGGAAAAGGCACUGGUUACACCAUGAAAGGAAAUAUUGAUGUGGAUACACCCUUUGGAGCAAUGAAGUUACCCAUCAGCAAGGAGGGUGGUACUACCCGUAUCAAGAAGAACAAAGAAGAUCGCGGGGAUGAUGAUGACGACGACGACGACGAGGAAUAGAGGCAGCAUUGGCAGGAGUGGUAAUAUUAUAUUAGUAGCUGUGGUAUGUUUAUCAGCAGUGGUCCAUUAGAAUAAUAGAUAAUUUGGGCACUUUGCUUCCGAGUGUUGAUGUACAUCUCUUGCAUAUGCCGAGGUGGAGUAGCUUUACUCAUGCAUAUUUAUGCUUGUGUUAUUGUGAUGGACAUGUCUGGCGCUUUUAGUUUGCAUACCGCUCUAUUGUUGAGACCUUUGGGCGGCAGAUGAAACUGUUGUUUUUGACUUUGUGAUGAUGGUGAUGCUAAUGAUUCUACUUAUAAUAAUAAGACAGUACUAAGAUUGUUUUGUU